CAUCACCGCCUUACACACACACACACACACACACAUACUCCCUGUAAUAUCAACCUUGUCCAACUACCGUACUACCAUGCUCCCAUUCCCAAUUUCAGCUUCACGUCAGUAACAGGAAUUUGCGCUUCAUCAUGCCGAUAGACGGCCACAAGAAAUCCCGCGCGAAGCACGCGUGCAAGGAGUGCAACUCUCGCCGCAUCCGGUGUAAUGUCACCGAGCGCCACCCGUGCUCCAACUGCGAGACGUCACAGGCGGCCUGCGAAGUCCUGCCCUCGCGGAGAGGCCGAUACCCAAGGAGGUCCAAGAGGCAGAAGCAGGGCGAGGAGGAGGCGUCGUCCGCGACCCCGGAACCCACGGGCAUCGCCGCCGCCACCGCCGCCUCAGCGGCUCCGCCCUCGGCUUUUACUUCCGCCAUGGCAGCGACGCUGGCAUCACUUAGCACCGCGUCGCCUUCUACCCGGUUACCCAGUUCCGGGGCCUCGCAGACUCCAUUCCGCGUCGAGACACCCGGAGAGGCGAGCUCGACGACGGGCGCAUCGACGGGGGGCAGUCGCUUCUUUGGGGAAUCCAACUUCAUCACCCUCGUCCCGGGAGCCACUGAACCGGGUGGUGAAGCCGUCGUCGGCGGCGGAGGCUUGAAGGGCCGCUUGACCUUCCCGGUGGUGCCCCAGACGCCGCAGUCGGACCUCGCCACGUCGCCCGCCAGCGCGAACCACAUCAGCUCGGCAACGGAGCGGUACCUCCGAGACGAGGGCGCGCUCACUUUCCCCGACACGCAGAGCUGCCUGCCGGCUCUGCGGGCCUACUUCAAGUGGUUCCAUCCGUGCUUCCCCAUCCUCGAUCGCGCAGACGUCGCGCGGCGCCUCGUCACGAUGGACAUCUCGCCUCUGCUGCUGCAGGCGAUGCUGUUCAUCGGGUCGACCUACUGCGACGAGGCGGCCAUCGUCGCCAUGGGGUUCAAGGACCGGUCCGAGGCCAAGAGCGUGACCUACUCGCGAGCACGAGUGCUCUUCCACUCCAACUGGGAGAAGGACGAGUUUACUCUCAUCCAAUCCCUCUUCCUCUGCAGCUUUUGGAGAGGGGGCCCAACGGACUGGAGGGAUGUGAGGUACUGGCUCGGCGCGGUUUUGACCCUCGCUCAAACACAUGGCCUGCAUCGAUCCACGCGGUUCACAACAAAAGACGCCAAUUUCGCACGGAUGAGGAGGAGAGUCUGGUGGUCAAUCUAUGUUCGUGAACGGCAAGCCUCCGUCUCACUCGGCCUACCGUGCCGGAUCCGUGAUGAAGACUGCGACAUCGAGCCCCUCACCGCCGCGGACCUGGAGAACGACAGCGACGAGCAGCAGGCCACCAACUUCGGCGCCUCGGAGGCGGAGCAUAUCCACUACGCGAUUAAGAUGGUGGAAAUCGCACACUUACUUGGGAGAAUCAUGGACACCCAAUUUGCGCCUGGUCGAGGACCGCCCGCUCCGGCCGAGGUUACAGCCUUGAAGCAGCAACUGGAGAAGUGGAGAGAGAGCUUGCCAGACGACAUGCGUCGAGGACCGGACGUUGGGGAGUCUUCGGUUCUGACGUGUCUGAUACACCUGGCCUACAAUCAUCUUCGCAUUCUUGUACACCGUAACGGCUGGCUUCGCAACCGGGACGAAGGGGACAAGAAAGUAGCUCUCGCGGCCGCCUGCCGCAUCAGCCGGAUCGCGGAGGACAUGCUUGCACAGAAGACACUGCAGUACGGCCAGAUGCAUCUACUCACCAGCCUAUUCGCGGCGUUUUGCAUACACGCCAUCGACGUCAAGUCCGCCGACGGCAUCGGCCGGCAACUCGCCGAACACAGGGCGCAGAUGUGUCUCCUCGGGCUCAAGGAGAUCCAGAAGUACUGGCGCAUCAACAACAACGUGCUGGAUCUUUUCCUUCAGUACCUGGACGAAUCCAUCGCCAAACGACUGCACGGCAGCGGCUCGGACUCUGCGGCACCCAGCAACGUCCUGGGCUCGGCGGCGGCGGCGGGCCAGAGUCCCUUCGAGACGUCCGGGACGAGCCCCAUGCAGCGGGGCUCGCUCGCCGCCCAAGAUAUCUCGGGCCAGACGAGACCAGACACCAUGGAAGACCAGUACUUCAACCUCAUGCGCACGAACUGGGAGGGCGAGGAUGCUCUCGGAGAUCUGGGCUUGUUCCUGGACCCCCAACUCUAUGCCAACGGGCCGAUGCAGGUCGAGGGGCUUAACUUCCUGCAGCGUUGCCUAUGA